AUGUCUGAAUCCGAUGCCGAAUGCUUAACCCUUCAGGUUAAAGUCAUGGAAGAGAAGAUGACAACCAAAUUUUCGUUCGAAACCAAAAUGUACGGUCGCAUCCGGGCCUCAGUGAUGGACAGUCGUCACGACAAUCGGCAUCUCAAGUACAUUGAGGCCGACAUUGUCAGCAUCAUCUCCGAGCACCUGGCUCGCCCUCGUCCGAAGGGCAAACCUGCACUCACCAACGUGGCUGUACAACCGUUGGCUGAGGGAAGUACUCAAAAGGUCGUCAUCAUCACCACCAAAGGCCAAUGUGCCUUCCGAUUUGGGGUGAAACAGAAUGUCGAAGUGAACCAGGUGAGCCGCUCCUAA